GUUUAUCCUUUAUCAAAUCUGCAUUCUAGAAACUCUACGUUUUCAAAUAAUUUUAUCACAUGUACGACUUUUGAGUUUUGAUACAAGACUUUUCUUUGCAAUGUGAAGUAAAAAAGUGAAGUAACAGAAAAUAAAAAAGUGUUGUUAGUGAAGUAAUGUUGCCGAUGCAGCUUCACCUACCUCUAUCUUCUAUCUCACUUAUAUGAAUGAUUCAACUCAACUCACUCUAGCGAAGCGAAAAGAAGAGUAACCUAAUCCCAAAUCAGAAAUCAGAAAUCAUCAUCAUGUCUUUGUCGGCAUCGGAGAUCGCUCGGAAGCUGAAUCUGCAACCUCAUCCAGAAGGUGGCUUUUACGCCGAAACAUUCCGAGAUCACUCCGUUCAACUUUCCACUUCUCAACUUCCCUCUGAAUAUAAAGUUGAUCGUCCUGUAUCCACUUGCAUAUAUUUUCUUCUUCCAUCUGGUAACAUGUCCCGCCUUCAUCGUAUCCCUUGUUCCGAAGUCUGGCAUCAUUACAUCGGAGAACCUAUCACCGUGGUGGAAUUGAAUGAGAAAGAUUCAAGUGUUAAGUUUACCACUCUUGGAUCCGAUCUGACCAAGGAUCAAACACCGCAAUACACGGUGCCUCCCAACGUUUGGUUUGGUUCUUUUCCGACCAAUGAUUUUACUGUCUCUGCAGAUGGGCCAUUUGUGAAGGCUCCUGAAAGAGAUAGUGAGACUCACUACUCUCUUGUAGGAUGCACUUGUGCACCUGGUUUUCAGUUCCAGGAUUUUGAACUUGCUAAACGUUCUUAUCUCGUUUCACGUUUUCCUCAAUUGGAGUCUCUCGUUACUACUCUCACAUUUCCUGAGUAAUACCGCUGCUCGCGGUCUUCUUUGUAUGCAGUGUUAGAGCGUCUCUACUGUAUGAUCUAAAUACAUGGUUCUUAAAUAGAAAUAAUGAGUUUUUAUGUUAAAAUGUGUCAGAUGUAAUAUCUUUUGAAUUACUUUCCAGUAAAUUAUUAUUUCAUGUUAGCAAGUGAGGAGCGGCAACGCCGCGACUCCCGUGCGGACGCACGGGUGUCCAGCUAGUAGUAUCUCAAAUAGAACAUGUUCUUGAAGUAUUCUUAAUAUUACCGCGUCUGUUUUUCAGUAAAAGUUGUUCUUAAAUCUUAAUUUCAUCUCAUUUGAGUGAAGUAUUCUUAUCAAAUGUGGUAAGACUCGAUCCACCUAUUUAGUAAUCUUAACUUUCUUGUAUUAGAGAUGCUCUUAAACAGUGAUUGCUUGCUUGCUU